UGUGUGUGUUAUUGUGGCCGAGAGAUUCUCCGCUGCAACUUGUCUUUGUUUUCCACAAAAUAGAACAUACGAAAAAAACUGAACACAAAAAAAAAUGAUGCUGUCACAAAGCUGAUAAAACGCACUAAAUUGGCCGUGUCAAAAAAGACACCGAAUUGCUAAGAAAACGUGAAAAGGGCUAAAUUCACAGAGCGAAACAAGUCAUCGCUCAACGCUCUGUCGACUCAUACCUAUGUGUGUGUAUAUGUGUUUGUAUUUGUAUAUAUAUCUGUGUGCAUAAUGACCACCCAGCGAACGCAUCGAAAUGCCACCAGCGCGGUGGGGAGUGUCGGCGAUUCGGAUUACGAGACGCUAAUGCAGCGGUUGCACAUUGGCGGCAACUACCAGCGCUCGCCCGGCGCCAUUGAACAUUUUAUGCACGAUGCCCCACAGCAGCCGCAGCAACAACAACAUCAACAACAUCAGCAGCAGCAGCAGCAACAGCGCCUGCCCAGCAGCGAAGAUUACAAAUUGUAUGAGCGCGGCAACAUAAUCGCCGCCUCGAAAUACGCAACCGCAACGCCUAAGCCCGGCAUGGAACCCAUACUGAUGGGCAACGGCGGCAGCAACAGUCAACAGUCACCGCUAAUUUAUGCGCCGACAGCUCAGGUGCUAGGGCAGCGCAUUGUGCCGCAAAAGCACUCGCCGGUUUACGAGAAUCUUGAGUUUUAUGGCCAAUUCGAUACGAAUCAGCGGCGUGCACAGCCUCAGAGUCCCGCCAGUCGGCAGAGCGUUAUGUUGAACGAUUAUCUGCUGAUGCAGCCCAUUGGAGGCGGCCGUUUUGCGCAUACGCCCGUGCCGGAGGCAGCACCCAAGCACAAUCACACUCCCAUCGAGGAGCUGUCAACCGUGGCGCCCAUCUAUGAAAAUAUUAUACCGCAUUCCGGACAGCGAGCACAGCCGCAGGCAUCGCCGGCCACGGCCACCAUGUAUCAGCAUACAGAGAUAGCCACGCCCACGCCCAUGCCCAUGCAGGCAGCAAACCAAAUGGAGCUAAAUGCCAUGCUGUUUGCGUCGCCGCUGCAUCAGCGCAGCAGCAGCAGCAACAGCUCAUCGACCGCCGCUGCUGCCGCCAGCCUAGGCUCACCCACGCAGCGCUAUCGCAAUCUGUCGCUGCCCAGUCACCUGAGCCCGUUGGGCUCGCCGGUGCCCCAGCCGCUGGCCAAGCUGCAGCUGCAGCAGCACACGCCCAUCAAGCAGCAGGUGGGCAUCAAUGUGUCCGUCAAUCCCAACUACAUUGAGGACAUCAAUAGCUCCGAUUAUGUUUGCAUGACCGCCAAUCUGCAUCGCAACAACAACAGCGCCGCCAAGAGUCGCAGCCCCAACAAUGGGCGACUCAAUGCGGUCAGCCCGCAGCCGUUGUUGCCACCGCCGCCGCUGGCAACGUCCACAUUGGCGAUACAAACGACAACGGCAACUACGUCGGCCGCGGCGCAAAUGCAGCCCCUGCAGCUGCGUGCCACGCCCAUUGCGACCACAGCGCCACUUGCGGUGGCGACAUCGCCAACGCCCUCGCAGAGCAGCACAGCCGCUUUGCGGCCCAAACGAGGUCUGACAAAAAAUUUACUGCCGUAUAGCGUGACACCGCCGCGUCCGGCUGGUCCGACAGAGGCGCAGCGCAAAAUCGAGGAACUGACACGCCAACUGGAGGAGGAGAUCGAACAGAGCGAGGAGCAUGGCGAGUAUUUCGGCAUUUGUCACACCUGCGGCGAGAAGGUAAAGGGCGCCGGGCAGGCCUGCCAGGCGAUGGGCAAUUUAUAUCACACAAAUUGCUUCAUUUGCUGCUCCUGCGGACGGGCGUUGCGCGGCAAGGCAUUCUACAAUGUGCACGGGCGUGUCUACUGCGAGGAGGACUACAUGUAUUCGGGCUUUCAGCAAACAGCUGAAAAGUGCGCCAUUUGUGGCCACCUGAUCAUGGAAAUGAUACUGCAGGCCAUGGGCAAGUCAUAUCAUCCGGGCUGCUUUCGCUGCUGCAUCUGCAACGAGUGCCUCGACGGCGUGCCCUUCACCGUGGAUGUGGAUCACAAGAUUUACUGCGUCAACGAUUACCAUCGCAUGUUCGCGCCCAAAUGCGCCAGCUGUGGCAAAGGCAUUACGCCCGUCGAGGGCACCGAUGAGACCGUGCGCGUUGUGUCCAUGGACAAGGAUUUCCAUGUGGAUUGCUAUAUAUGCGAGGAGUGCGGCAUGCAGCUGACCGAUGAGCCGGACAAACGCUGCUAUCCGCUGGAUGGGCGACUGCUUUGCCGCGGCUGCCAUCUGCAGCGUCUCGCAUUGCAAUCCUCGCCGCAUACGCGCCACCAGGAGCCCGUCUGCGCCUCCUACCAGUAUAUGGGCUGAGCUGAUGAUGCCUCCCCCCUC